AUGAAGCCACAACUCAUCCUCCUUGCCUUCGCUGGCGUCGUGUGUGCUUCUUCUGGCGACCGUUCUUACGAAUUCAAGAAUUGCCUAACAAAAUGUCUGGAUUCCCGGUGCUCACCGUCGAAUACGGUCACUCUCUCUUUCCCCCUCCGUGUCACCCGAUGGACUUGUGAAGACAACUGCAAAUAUACCUGCAUGCACGACAUCACCACGCGAGACAAACGACUUGGAGAUAGAGUCCAUCAAUACUAUGGAAAAUGGCCGUUUUGGAGGUUGGCGGGAAUGCAAGAGCCCGCGUCAGUCGCGUUUUCGCUUCUCAACUUUUGGGCACAUUGGCGGGGGCUCGCGAGAGUGCGGAGGGAUGUUCCAAAUGGACACCCAAUGAAGAGCUAUUAUGUUUUGUGGGCUUUCACCGGGCUGAAUGCCUGGAUCUGGUCUGCAGUAUUUCACACGCGAGACUGGCCGAUAACUGAAAAGUUGGACUACUUUUCUGCCGCUCUGACUAUAUUCUAUGCGUUAUAUUACACCGUCAUUCGACUCUUCCAUCUGUACCCGACGGCAAGACGGAAUAGACUCACUUUAUCGACAUUCAACUCUUCGGGAGACGAAGGUUCAGCACUGAAAGCCUGGUCAAUCCUUUGCAUCCUGGUCUAUAUCGCCCACGUUUCGUAUCUGUUGUUCCUACCGCGAUUCAACUAUUUGUACAACAUCCUCUUCAACGCCGUUGUUGGGCUCACUCAUAACGCAUUAUGGGGCCUCUACGCUUUCCCCUCAUCCAUCCCGGUCUUCAAGCGAUUCCCCAGCAGGCCGAAAUCAUAUAGACCCCCUUUUUGUGACGGCGUCUUGGAAUUGUUUGAUUUCGCGCCAUUCCUGCGCGUCAUCGAUGCCCAUUCUUUGUGGCACCUUGCAACGGCUCCAAUAGCAGCUGGGUGGUACACCUUCCUGAUUCAGGACGCCAGGGAGGACAGUUGGAGGUCGCACAUCAACUAG